AUGANAGCAACUCUUGACGAGAAGGAAUCAAUUGAUAUGUUAUCCCAGAAGUCUCAUGCAAAUAAAGUCUUUGUGACACUCACAGUAAACAGCAUUGAAGAACAUUUCCAACUGGAUAGUGGAGCAACCGUGAAUGUCAUGUCUGACGCUACACUCAACAGACUAUGUGGAAAAACUGAUCAACUGGAUAGCUGUAAUACAACCCUUGUAAUGUACAACAAGUCUGAAGUGAAACCCCUGGGGAAGAAAAAGCUGUGUGUUCUCAAUCCGAAGAACAACAACAAGUAUACAGUCGAGUUUGUGAUCGUGAAAGGACGGUGCAAAUCUAUUCUAGGCUUGAAAACUUGCGAAGUGCUAGAAUUAUUGACGGUGAAUCGCCACAAUAUAUCUCUUGUUACUGCAGAAAAUGCAAACGUACAAGGUCUGUCAGCACAAGAUGUUAUCAACAACUACUCAGAUGUUUUUAAAGGUGAAGGAAAACUCCAAGGCCUGUUACAUCUAGAACUUGAUGAAUCAGUACAGCCUGUACAACUGCCACCUAGACGUGUAGCCCUAUCAGAGAAAGAAAAGCUACAAGCAGAGUUACAACGACUAUCUAACCUCGAAAUCAUAACCAAAGUAGAAGAACCUACAGACUGGAUAAGUUCACUCGUCGUAACAACCAAACGCAAUGGAAAAGUUCGCCUAUGUAUUGACCCCAAACCACUAAACAAUGCCUUGAAGCGAAAUCAUUACCCAUUACCCACCAUUGAGGAUGUCCUACCUUUGUUAUCUGGAGCACGUGUAUUUACAGUCUUAGACGCCAAAAACGGUUUCUGGCAUGUGCAGUUAGAUGACCAUAGCAGUUAUCUUACCACUUUUAGUACACCUUGGGGCAGAUACCGUUGGCGAAGAAUGCCCUUUGGAAUCACAUCUGCGCCGGAAGAGUUCCAGAGAAGAAUGGACAUAGCACUUGAGGGACUUGAAGGUGCUAAAGCGAUAGCAGAUGACAUCCUAGUCUUUGGCACUGGUUCCACUGAUGAAGCAGCAGAAAAGAGUCAUGAUGAAAGACUUAAAGCUGUACUUGAAAGAUGUCGCCAGAAAGGUGUUAAGCUAAACAGAGAGAAGAUGCAAUUUAAGCAACGACAAGUGUCAUACAUGGGUCAUGUGAUUACAUCAGAGGGCCUACAAGCCGAUCCUACAAAGAUUGAUGCUAUAGCAGAAAUGCCUACACCUACAGAUAAAGGAGGUGUGCAGAGACUGCUCGGGAUGACCAACUAUGUCCAGCGRUURGCACCAGGAUUAGCUGAUGCUACUAAACCACUUAGAGACCUGUUAAWGAAAGAAAGUGCCUUCGUAUGGGACCAAGCCCAUGACAAAGCCCUACAAGAUGUCAAAUCAAUWCUGACAAACGCUCCAGUUCUUAAGUAUUUCAGUCAAGACAAGAAGUCAGUUUUACAAUGCGAUGCAUCUAAAGAUGGACUAGGUGCCMYUCUCAUGCAAGACGGACACCCGAUUGCUUACGCAUCGAGAGCACUUACACCCACAGAGACUAAUUAUGCACAAAUCGAAAAAGAGUUGUUAUCAGUCGUCUUUGGAGUGGAGAAAUUCUCAGAGUAUGUAUACGGUCGACAUGUUGUGAUUGAGACCGAUCAUAAGCCACUGGAGUCUAUUGUCAAGAAAAGCCUUCUCAGUGCCCCGAAAAGAUUACAGCGCAUGUUACUGCGUCUACAAAGAUACGACUUAGAAGUUGUUUACAAGAGAGGUGUAGAGAUGUAUAUGGCAGACACAUUAAGCCGAGCCUACCUGAAAGGAACUAAGACAACAAGUGAUCAUAAUGCAGAUGUCAGGWUCGUGGAUKGAUCGAGAACGGAAGAGGARGCAGAGAAAAUAGAUCUGAUCAGUUUUUUACCUCUUCGGGAUACCACGAUUCAAGAAAUCCAGAGACAUACAGAAACAGACCCAGACCUACAAGCCUUAGCAACAAUUAUCAAAGAUGGCUGGCCUGAUACUAAAGGUAUGAUAAAYCCACAACUACAAUGCUACUACUCUUUCAGAGAAGAGUUAACUCUUUACAAUGGCGUAGUAUUCAAAGGUGAACGUAUCGUGAUACCGGCAGCACUACGCAACACAAUGAUCUCCAAACUUCACGCUAGUCACCUUGGAAUUCAAGGAUCACUAAGAAGAGCARGUGAAGCUUUCUACUGGCCUAAUAUGAAUGAGCAMAUCACUGAGUUUAUGUCCAAAUGUGAUGUAUGUAACAGUUACAAGACACAGCAYAGAAAGGAACCAAUGGUAAGCCACAACAGACCCACUAGAGCAUGGGAAAGUAUUGCUUCCGACCUCUUUGUAUUCCAUGGUAAGGAUUACCUAGUAACAACUGAUAGAUAUUCCAACUUCUUUGAAGUGGAUAGACUGUAUUCAAAGACAAGCACAGAAGUGAUAACCAAACUGAAAGCACAUAUCGCAAGAUAUGGUAUUCCCAACGAGCUCAUGACAGACAACGGUCCAAACUUCACGAGCAGAGAAUUCAAACAAUUUACUGAUAUCUACAACAUCGAGCAUGUCACAAGCUCACCAACAUAUGCCCAAUCCAAUGGCAAAGCUGAGAAUAGUGUGAAAACAGCCAAGAAUAUCAUGCAGAAAGCACUAGAUGCCCAGGCUGAUCCAUACUUGGCAUUGCUAGAUUUCAGGAAUACACCGACAGAAGGUUAUUCAACCUCACCAGCACAGAGAAUGUUAAACCGAKGAACACGAACACUGUUGCCAAUCUCAAACAAGUUGCUGCAACCAGAGAUACCCACAGGAGUACAACAGUCACUGAAAGUCAAUCAAGCCAAACAGGCAUUCUACUAUGACAAAACUGCGAAAGAACUGAAACCUCUUAAAGAAGGUGAUGUUGUAAGAGUAAAACCCAAAGAGUCAGAUAAGAAAUUUGUCAAAGCAAAGGUUGAGAAACAAGUGGAUAUCAGAUCGUAUCAGAUCAAGACGGAGGACGGACGAGUAUUCCGACGUAAUAGAAAGGAUCUCCACAAGACCCCAGAGAACUACAACCACAGUAUUCUACCAGAUUUGCCUCGAAAUCAGCAGCCUCAACCAAAAGUUAUACCUACGAAAGCAGUCCCAGCAUCUGCUGACAGAAACAAGCAACAAGCCCCAGUGAUUACUCCUACAGCCACUGAGGAAUCCAUCAAGACGAGAAGUGGUCGAGUUGUUCGCAAGCCUACAUACCUAAGUGACUUUGUUACACAAUGACUUUUUGAUAGUAACCUUUGUGUAUUGUUAUUGUUGUUUAUAGUUUUCAUAUUUGUAAAAAAAAGGGGGAUGUAACGGUAUUUACAGUAUCGGGAUACCUGUGUAGUAGGGAGAGUUCACCAUUGUUUGUAUGUGUUAGUCCGAUUGUGAUAUUAAAGGACAAGUUAGCACAACAACAC